AUGGAAGACACUACGCUUGAUGACACUGGAUCCUUGCAAACAAAGAACCCUCUAGAGAAAACGCACAUUGCUUCAAGAGUAGCACAAACUCCUGCACAAACUCCUGCACAAACUCCUGCACAAACUCCUGCACAAACUCCUGCACAAACUCCUGCACAAACUCCUGCACAAACUCCUGCACAAACUCCUGCACAAACUCCUGCACAAACUCCUGCACAAACUCCUGCACAAACUCCUGCACAAACUCCUGCACAAACUCCUGCACAAACUCCUGCACAAACUCCUGCACAAACUCCUGCACAAACUCCUGCACAAACUCCUGCACAAACUCCUGCACAAACUCCUGCACAAACUCCUGCACAAACUCCUGCACAAACUCCUGCACAAACUCCUGCACAAACUCCUGCACAAACUCCUGCACAAACUCCUGCACAAACUCCUGCACAAACUCCUGCACAAACUCCUGCACAAACUCCUGCACAAACUCCUGCACAAACUCCUGCACAAACUCCUGCACAAACUCCUGCACAAACUCCUGCACAAACUCCUGCACAAACUCCUGCACAAACUCCUGCACAAACUCCUGCACAAACUCCUGCACAAACUCCUGCACAAACUCCUGCACAAACUCCUGCACAAACUCCUGCACAAACUCCUGCACAAACUCCUGCACAAACUCCUGCACAAACUCCUGCACAAACUCCUGCACAAACUCCUGCACAAACUCCUGCACAAACUCCUGCACAAACUCCUGCACAAACUCCUGCACAAACUCCUGCACAAACUCCUGCACAAACUCCUGCACAAACUCCUGCACAAACUCCUGCACAAACUCCUGCACAAACUCCUGCACAAACUCCUGCACAAACUCCUGCACAAACUCCUGCACAAACUCCUGCACAAACUCCUGCACAAACUCCUGCACAAACUCCUGCACAAACUCCUGCACAAACUCCUGCACAAACUCCUGCACAAACUCCUGCACAAACUCCUGCACAAACUCCUGCACAAACUCCUGCACAAACUCCUGCACAAACUCCUGCACAAACUCCUGCACAAACUCCUGCACAAACUCCUGCACAAACUCCUGCACAAACUCCUGCACAAACUCCUGCACAAACUCCUGCGUCUACUUUCAGAAGAUUUAGAAACCGGUAUUCCUGGAGCUACAAGAACGAAUCGAGAAUAAAUCGUGUAGCAUACUCCAUAACAGGCUCAUAUUAUCAACUGCAAUCUUUAGAAAUAAGGUUAAAUUGCAAUCAAGAAAAUGUGGCUCACACCUGCAGCAUUAAAAUCCUAUGGCACUUUACGAUAUGGACAACAAGCAAAAGACAAUUUCACAAUGCUUUGUUUCGAUUUGAAGUAAGGCUGCAGAAUUUGUACGAAUCUGUUUUGUAA